AUGCGUGAAUACAAAAUAGUUGUAUUAGGUAGCGGGGGCGUGGGAAAAUCCGCCCUGACAGUACAAUUUGUACAAGGCAUCUUUGUGGAGAAAUACGACCCCACCAUCGAGGACAGCUAUCGAAAACAAGUGGAAGUAGACGGACAACAAUGUAUGCUCGAAAUCCUUGACACUGCCGGUACAGAGCAAUUUACAGCGAUGAGAGAUUUGUAUAUGAAGAACGGACAAGGUUUCGUGUUAGUGUAUUCGAUAACCGCACAAUCGACGUUCAACGAUCUGCAGGACUUACGAGAGCAGAUAUUGCGAGUGAAAGACACGAACGAUGUGCCGAUGGUGUUGGUUGGCAACAAGUGCGAUCUGGACGCGGAACGUGUGGUCGGGAAGCAGCAAGGUGCCAACCUUGCGAACCAUUUCAAUUGCGUCUUCAUGGAGACCUCCGCGAAGGCGAAAAUCAGUGUGAACGAAGUGUUCUACGACCUAGUGCGACAAAUCAACAAAAAGUCUCCCAAAGAGGAAAACAAAAAGAGAAACAAAAAGCCCAUAUGUCGUCUGCUGUAA